AUGGCGCGCACAAAACAAACCAGCGUCCGGAAACCUGCCGCAGCACCGUUGACAACCCAUAAAACUGUAUCCCAAUCGACGAGCCCACCACAAAGCAACAAGGCACAAACAGGGAAGAAAGUUCCCAGAGCCAAAGCCGAGCCAGCAAGCACACCACGAAGCAACAAGGCAUCAGCAGCAACAGCCAAAUCACCCUCGCAGCCCUUAGACCUCUCAGACGACGACAGGCAGAGACUGAAGGAGUGGCUUGAUAAGAGCGAGAGACCGUUCAGCGUCGCGACCACAGCACUCUCAAAGAAGAGGAAGAGACAGUCAGGCGAACCACAACCCGCGCAGACGGACCUGUACGAAGAUAGGUUGAAUGUGCAGUAUGAGGUGAAGCCGAAGAAUAGCUGGGACUCGCUUAGGCGGUAUAAGAAGUUCACUGUCGGCUCGGAAUCUAUGGCAGUCGGCCAAGUCAUUCUCGUCAAGCACGACGACUCGGAAGAGGCCAAAAUUGACGUUGGAGCACAAUGGAAGGGCAAGGUGCUCGAAGUCCGUGCGCUCGACUCGGAACACGUCUACCUCCGCGUCGCAUGGCUGAACCGGCCUGAAGACUUACCUGGCGGUCGCAAAGCCUACCAUGGAAAGAAUGAGCUCAUCCCCACCAACCAGAUGGACAUCAUUGAUGCGAUGUCCGUGAACGGAAGCGUGGAGGUGAUGUUCUGGAACGAAAAGGACGACGAGAGUUCGUUAAUGAACGAGGAGCAGUAUUUCUGGCGGCAGACGUUUGAUUACGCGAACACAAAGACGUUUUCGAAACUACGGCAGAUAUGCGUGGACUCAGCACCGCAGAACCCGGACGAAAUGAUCGUUCAGUGCGGGAAUAAGGAGUGUCGGAAGUGGUUGCACGUCAAAUGCAUCGCUGAGGCGGCGGUGGAGGAAGCUGCCAGCGAGAAGAAGAAAUCCAAAAAGGCCAAAUCAAACUCCGUCUCCACCAGCACCAAAUCCUCCACACAAUCCUCAGCUAUCGCUGUAGCGGAGAAAAACGACUACCGCGCUGAAGUAUUCGUCAUGGGCACUCCAAACGAUCCGAAACUUGUGCCCGCAGAUACGACGGAGAUUGCUAUGUUCCUCCCAGAUGGGAAGAAGCUGACGAAGGCUUUGGGAUGUCUGUUCUGUGGGGUGGAGAUUGAGUGA